UCCGGGCGUGGUGGCGGCGGAAUGGAUCGGGAGCUGCUGCGUCAAGCGCUGAGCUACCACGGCCCCGCGCUGCUCUCCCUGCUCCGCUCCGAGCAGCACGAUAACCCCGAUUUCCGUGGGCUGCUGCCUCCGCCGGGGACUGCCCUUGAGCCGCCCCGCCGGGCCCCGCACCCGCCGGCCACCUGGAAAGAGACGUCGAGCCUUGACACCGAGAUCAAGCGGUUCAUUGCCAAAAAGGCCGAUCUGCUCUUUGCCCACUCCUGGAGACCCAACGGCCCUCCCUGCGAGACGAUUGAGGAAAAUGAAGAGUACUACGCUGUCAUGCCUCCCCUGGAAUGCUUCAUGGAGGUCCCCAGGGAAGACAGGAGAGAAUUAUUCUUUCGGGACAUCGAACGUGGCGAUAUCGUGAUAGGGAGGAUCACCUCCAUUCGGGAGUUUGGCUUUUUCAUGGUGUUGAUUUGUCUGGGAAGUGGUAUCAUACGGCACAUAUCAGAUUUAGAAAUUAGUGCUCUUUGUCCUUUGAGAGAUGUGCCUUCUCAAAGCAACCAUGGAGAUCCUUUAUCUUAUUAUCAAAAUGGAGACCUUAUACGAGCUGCAGUCAAGGACGUUGAUCGUUACCAUGAGAAGCUCACGGUGUCACUUUACAACUCAGCUCUUCCCCCUAGUCUUUCCAGUACAAAACUGGGUGUAAUUACUUCUGAUGACUUCCCAUUACAUUAUAGGCGAAGCCUGGAAGUUGCUAAUACAGCAGAAACAUUUGAAGAGGUUUUGCAUCGUUCCCCAGGAUUUGCUAAUCCAUCAUUAAUUGAAUAUUUAGCAGAAAAACUAGGACUAAGUGAAUCAAAUCCACCCUCUUUGCUGAGAAGUCUUCAAAUGAAAAAUUUCAGUGAAGAAGAUUUUGCCCCUGCAUUGAGGAAGAAGCAGUCUGCAUCCUGGGCCUUGAAAUGUGUGAAGGCUGGAGUUGAUUAUUUUAAGGUUGGGCGCCACGUGGAAGCCAUGAAUGAGUAUAACAAGGCUCUGGAAAUUGACCCACAAAAUGUUGAAGCUUUGGUAGCACGUGGAGCUCUCUAUGCAACAAAAGGAAGCCUGAACAAAGCCAUAGGUGAUUUUGAAAUUGCUUUAGAAAACUGUCCUACCCAUAGGAAUGCAAGAAAAUAUCUCUGUCAGACGCUGGUGGAAAGAGGUGGACAGUUGGAAGAGGAAGACAAACUAGUAAAUGCUGAGAAUUACUAUAAAAAAGCCUUGAGUCUGGAUGAGACCUUUCAGGAAGCAGAAGAGGCCUUAACGAAACUCCGUAAGCAUAUGCAGAAAUCUUUGGAAAUGAGGGAGAAACAAGCUGCCAAAGAAGAGAGACAGAAAGAAAAGAAAGUAGAAACAAGUGCAGAAAAAUUACGUAAACUCUUAAAAGAAGAAAAAAGGUUGAAGAAAAAAAGGAAAGUAUCAACUUCCUCUUCCUCCUCCUCCUCCUCCUCCUCAAGUGAUUCUUCCUCAAAUGUAUCAGUUUCUUCCUCCUCCUCUUCCUCUGAUCACAAGAAACAUAGGAAAAAGCGUCGGAAUAGAUCUGAGUCUGCCCACAGCUCCAAAAAAGGCUCAUCUAGAGCUUCUUCCCAUUAUAAAGAUCAGAUGAGGAAAGAGGAGUGGUAUUCGCCUCCAGCUGAUACCUCUGCUUCCUUUCUUAACCAAAAUUUUGAUGUAGACAAACUUCUUGAAAGGCAGGACAGUUUAGUGUGUCCCAAAACAGAGGUAAAAGAGAAAGACAGACACUCUUCUUUUUCAAGGACUUCAUGUGAUGAUGAAGACACUUUUGGAGGUAGGUCUGAAGAUUCAAGAGAUUAUUACAGUAGCUCUAGAACUCUGCCAAGUUGUAGCAAAACUGAAAAAUAUGGCAAAACAGAGAGAUUUUUCUCCAGCUGGAGAGGUUCUUCAGGUUCAUACCAUAAGUCAGAUGAUAAACCCAGGAUGCAUUAUUUUAGGAAAUCAGACAGGGAGGUAGAGGGGAGAAAAGAGCAGUAUAAAAAAUAUGGCUCAGUUCAAGAUAGGUAUUACAUGUCUCCAGUGGGGUCUGACUAUUCUGGCAAGUCUGUGGGAAAGUACAGAUCAUACUCAAGCACCUGCUCACGUGAAGGUGAGAAAAGUUACAGUAGUGAGAGGCACGUGUUAAGUCAGCAUAAAAAUGAAAGUGAGCAGAAGAGUAGGAAAAGAAGUUAUGAGGAGACUGAUAAAACAAAGGAACCAGAUGAAGAAAUGUCUUCAAAUGAUACAGCAGAAACAGAAAGUGGCAUUAAAAGAAACCUGCCCCAGAACUUAGUUAACAUAUUCAAUCAAAUAGCUGAGUUUGAAAGGGAAAAAGGAAGUAAGCAUAAGAAACAGUAAAGGACCUAAGAAGAUGCUAUUCUGAUGAGUGAGUGUAGUUACAUAAACUUUCUUCUGAGUGUCUCUCGAGGAAACAGAUAUGAAGGGCAAUAGUAAUGCAGAGUUUGUUUUGUCUUGCAGAACAUCUAAGAAUUCUUAAAGAUUGUGUAGUGGAAAGAGAUGCAAGUAUAUCUUACACAAAAUAUCCAUUAUUUAAAAUCUUAAGUUUCUUAUGCUCUUAAUUUGGUGUGUUCCUGUACAAUAUUCUCUGUCUGAUGGGUUGAAAUCCUUUGAUACCUCUGGACUGUAGUUAGCUCUAAUGCCAUCAGAUAUGCACUUUGACUAUAGGAGUGUUUUGUGUGUUUUUUUUCUCAUCCUCUGGGGUAUUGACUUGAUAUUUUUGUAUCAAACUUAGCUUCCUGCCACAGAAGGGUGAUAAGUGAAUGAAAGUUAUGUACCAUCAAUGUAUAUAGCUGAUCUGAUCAUUAAAUUUUCUUAUUUUCUUUUUUUUUAA